AUGGAAAAAAGUGAACCCGCGUUAGUUCCACAAUGGUUGAGAAGUAAUGGAAGUGUUACCAGUUCUGCCCAUCAUUUUGCAUCUUCAUCUAAUCACACUGAUACUCAUACUGUAGCUCAUCACUCAAGGAAUAGGAAUUCUAAGACAACUAGUGAUUUUGAUAGUCCUCGUUCUGUGUUUCUUGAACGGACGUUCUCGUCAAAUUCUCGGAGGGGCACUAUCAAUGGCUCUGCAAAGAAUGCCUAUAGUAGUUUCAACAGAAAUCAUCGUGAUAAGGACCGCGAUAGAGAUAGAGAUAAAGAUAGAUCCAACUUUUUAGACCACUGGGAUCGUAAGUGUUCUGAACCAUUGGCUGACCUCUUCUCGGUAAGGACAGAGAGGGAUCCUCUGCGGCGUUCUCAUUCAUUGGUCUCCAGGAAACAGAACGAGCUUGCUAACCACAGAGGGACUGUAAAUACUAAAUCUGGUGGCAACUGCAACCAGAGCAAUGGCAAUGAUGCACUUUCUGGGGGUAGUAUUAGUAGCAGUUUUCACAAAGCUGUUUUCGAUAAAGAUUUUCCAUCACUUGGUGGAGAUGAAAGGCCUGGGUCAGCUGAAAUAGGCAGAGUCGCAUCUCCUGGUUUGGGUGGUACUGCUAGUCAAUCUCUACCUGUUGGCAGUUCAUCUAUGAUUGGAGGAGAGGGAUGGACUUCUGCACUAGUAGAAGCACCUUCUAUGAUGGGAAGUAGUAGUACUGGAUCUCUAACAGCACAACAAACUGGUGCUCCAAUCUCUGGGUCUUUACUUUCAAGUACAUCAGCAGGUCUUAACAUGGCCGAAGCUUUAGUGCAGACUCCAUAUCGAGCUCAGUCAACUCCCCAGGUUUCGGUCAAAGCCCAGAGGCUUGAAGAACUUGCUCUUAAACAGUCAAGACAGUUGAUUCCAGUGACACCACCAAUGCCCAAGGCUCUGGUUAAUAACUCUGAAAAAUCAAAACCGAAGACAGCACUCAGAAAUCCUGAGAUGAAUAUGGUUGCCAAGAGUGUGCCACAGCAACCCUCUGCAUUGCAUAUUGUUAAUCAUUCUGUCCGCAAUGGAAAUGCCAAAGGUGAUCCUCCAAAGACAUCUGGGAAGUUUACUGAUCUUAAGUCUGUGGUGUGGGAAAAUGGUGUUUCUGCAACGGCAAAGGAAGCUUCGACUCCAACAAAUUAUUCUAACAGCAAACCUGGAAAUAAUCUGGCUGUUGCUUCAGCUGUUGCUUCUGCACCUUUGAGGAAUCCCACAGAGCGGAGGCCAACUUCUUUGGACCUGAAAGUAGGUUCCACUACGGAUAAGAAACAGGUUACUUCUCAAGUGCAGAGCAGACACGAUUUCUUCAAUCUCAUUAAGAGGAAAACUCUGAACUCAUCAGUUCUUCCUGAUUCUAGCCCUGCUGUUUCACCUGCCACAGCUGACAAAUUUGGUGAAGUGAAUAUGGAAGCAGUUGAACCCCCUGCAAUCCUUCAAAAUCUUGGUAAUAGUACUGAAGUGACUAGCAAUGGUAAUGCCCAUGCGGAGGAGGUUCAGAGGCUUCCUGACAUCAGAUGGAAAGAUUCAACUUCUGAUGAGGAAGAAGUUGCAUUUCUUCGUUCUCUUGGUUGGGAGGAGGAUGAUUCUGGUGUGGAUGAAGGCCUCACAGAGGAGGAGAUCAAUGCAUUCUAUCAGGAGUGCUUGAAGUUGGGCACCACCACAUUAAAGCUAUGCCCAGGCAUGCAGCCAAAGUUGUCCAAAUUUUUUGAAUCUUAUGCCACUAACAUGAAUGGAGCUUCUGCUGGAUCGAGUUCUUCUGACUCUGGAUCUGAAGUUUGA